AUGUGCUAAAAAAGACAUGAAAUGAGGAAGUCCUGCCUGUUCAAAAUGCUGUUUCACUGCAGAACGCAGACUUCUGUGUUUGUCUCGAGCCCAGCGGAGAAGCCGUGUCCUGCACGUGGAUGUGGACCAACACCGACACUCCCCAGUGAGCUGAUAAUUCCGUCCUGCUGUGGGAAAGCGACCAGCCGCUAACGCGCCUCCAUCACCCGGAGCGAGGCCGGCCGCGCGCGGCUCGGACACGUGACCCCGCCGGCUGCUCCAUAAAAGCGCGCGUGCGCCCCGCCGGCUUCACGCCUGGCACCACGAUCAUCACGAUGAGGGGGCUGCUCGCGUGCGCUGCGCUGCUCGUGGCCGUUCUCGGCAAGGACACGUUUGAGGGGCAUCAGGUCCUUCGCAUCAUUCCUGAGGAUGCGAUUCAGCUGGCUCUUCUCAAAGACCUGGAGGAAAUUAUCCAUUUUGAGCUGGACUUCUGGCAGGGCGCCACAGACGUGAGCCUUCCUGUGGAUGUCAGGGUUCCCUUCCACAGCCUGCAGGCGGUCAAAGUUUACCUGGAGACUCAGAGCAUCCAGUACCACAUCAUGAUCAAAGACCUGCAGGCGGUGCUGGAGGAGGAGCAGCAGCAGAUGGAGUCCGUUCGCUUUGCUCAGCCCUCAAACACCGACGCCUUCGACUACGCCAACUACCACACCCUCAGUGAGAUCUACAGCUUCCAGGACAUGCUGGUGGCAGAGAAUCCCAAACUGGUGAGCAAACUGGUGAUCGGUCAGAGCUACGAGGGCCGAGCGCUCUUAGUCAGCACCGGUGGAACCAACCGUCCCGCCAUCUGGAUCGACACUGGGAUCCACUCCAGAGAAUGGGUCACACAGGCCAGCGGCACCUGGUUCGCCAAGAAGAUCGUGAAGGAUUACGGCACCGACCCGGCUCUGACCGCCAUCCUGGACAAGAUGGACAUCUUCCUGGAGAUUGUGACCAACCCUGACGGCUUCCAGUUCACCCACACCAGCAACCGUAUGUGGCGUAAGACCAGGAAGCCCAACCCAGGCUCCAGCUGCGUUGGAGUCGACCCCAACAGGAACUGGGACUCUGGAUUUGGAGGACCCGGUGCCAGUAGCAGCCCAUGCUCAGAGACCUACCGUGGACCCAGUGCUCACUCCGAGUCUGAGGUCAAGGCCAUCGCGGACUUUGUGAAGUCCCACGGCAACAUCAAGGCCUUCAUCUCCAUCCACUCCUACUCCCAGAUGCUCAUGUACCCCUACGGCUACACCAGGACUCCAGCCAAGGACCAAGCUGAGCUGCACAGUCUGGCUAAGAAGGCCAUCACUGACCUGGCCUCCCUCUAUGGAACCAAGUACAAAUAUGGCAGCAUCAUCAGCACCAUCUACCAAGCCAGUGGCGGCACCAUCGACUGGACCUACGACCAGGGCAUCAAGUACUCCUACACCUUCGAGCUGAGGGACACCGGCCUCUACGGCUUCAUCCUGCCGGCCAAGCAGAUCAUCCCCACUGCUGAGGAGACCUGGCUGGCUCUGAGAACCAUCAUGGAACACACCUACAAGAACCCCUACUGAAGAACCAGGGUACGCUCCUGCUCCGCCUGGAGAAGCCAGAGAUGAAAAAUAUGUAAUAGCCACCUUCCAGACACUCAUCAUCAUCCUCAUCUUCAACCUCAUCACCACCAUCAUCAUCCUCAGCACCACCAUCAUCAUCAUCCUCAGCACCACCACCAUCAUCAUCCUCAGCACCACCACCAUCAUCAUGCUCAGCACCACCACCAUCAUCAUCCUCAGCACCACCAUCAUCAUCAUCCUCAGCACCAUCAUCAUCAUCCUCAGCACCACCACCAUCAUCAUCCUCAGCACCACCACCAUCAUCAUCCUCAGCACCACCACCAUCAUCAUCCUCAGCACCACCAUCAUCAUCAUCCUCAGCACCAUCAUCAUCAUCCUCAGCACCAUCAUCAUUCCUGCACUGUGCCUUUGUGGCUCAGUUGGCAGCGCGUUGGCUGGAGGAGCAGAAGGUCCCAGGUUCAAACCCACCAGAAGCAGCACCAGCUGUGUCCUUGAGCAGGACACUUCUCACCAGCUCCCUGCCUCUCGCAUGGCAGCCCACUGCUCCCCCAGGGCAGCGGUUAAAUGCAGAGGACCAAUUUUGUUGUUACAUUGUAUGUGAUAAUGAUCAAUAUUGGCUUUCUUCUUCUGA